AUGGCCGAGGCAGUGAGAAGAUCAGCAAAGAGGACGCGCGAAGUGUUUGCAGCAGAAUUUGGACAAAUAUCAGCCCUGGAAAAGGCUCCACAGCCGGCAGCAGCCCCGAGUGAGCCCUCACCGUUUGAAAGAGCACAGAAAGCGAGUGUGGCUGCGAGAAUACGGGGCGAAUAUGCGGAUUGUAAGGAGCUGCCAGCAAUUCUGGCUCAGAAGCAGGCAGGCGCACAGGCGGGUCUGGCUGCGAGGCGGAAGAAGCCAAAGACAACCGAAGAUGCGAGUGAUCCACAGAUGGCGAAGAUGAUUGAAGAUGCGUCAGAAACGAAGGCACAGAAACAGCGGCCGAACGGCACGUCCACGGAGUUGAUGAGGAUGGAUGGAAACAACGGCGCAAAAGCGCCUCCAAAUGCAAAUGGACCUACGCCGCAACGAAACACACCGGGGACAAGUCUAGUCAGACGAGAUACAGUGCGGCAACAGAAACCAGAUUGGCACCCACCGUGGAAGUUAUUCCGUGUCAUUUCAGGCCAUUUGGGGUGGGUUCGAGCUCUGGCUAUGGAACCUGGCAAUCAAUGGUUCGCAUCUGGAGCUGGUGACCGGACUAUCAAAAUUUGGGAUCUUGCGACAGGCACUCUUAAGCUUACACUUACUGGGCACAUCUCGUCAGUGAGAGGCCUGGCUGUGAGUCCUCGACACCCAUACUUGUUCAGCUGUGGCGAGGACAAGAUGGUGAAAUGCUGGGAUCUCGAAACGAACAAGGUCAUUCGUCACUACCACGGCCACUUAUCUGGUGUCUACACACUUAGCUUACAUCCUACGCUUGAUGUACUUUGCACUGGAGGUAGAGAUGGAGUAGUGAGGGUAUGGGAUAUGCGGACGAGAUCGAACAUUCACGUACUCAGCGGUCAUAAGCAGACUGUGUCAAGCAUCGUCACCCAAGCUACAGAUCCACAAGUCAUCUCUGGAAGCUUGGACAGCACGAUUCGAAUGUAUGAUCUGGCGGCUGGCAAGACGAUGGGAACACUUACCCAUCACAAGAAGGGCGUCCGAUCACUCGUCACUCAUCCAACAGAAUUCACGUUUGCCUCAGCAUCACCCGGUCAAAUCAAGCAGUGGCUCUGCCCCAAAGGCGACUUCAUGAUGAACUUCGAGGGCCACAACAGCGUCAUCAAUUCUCUUGCUGUCAACGAAGACAACGUACUUUUUAGCGGAGGUGAUAAUGGAAGUGUUGCAUUCUGGGACUGGAAGACUGGUCAUCGAUUCCAGUACGAGGACAGCAUCGCUCAGCCAGGAUCUUUGGAUGCAGAGGCUGGAAUCAUGACCAGCACAUUUGACCAUACAGGACUGCGAUUAAUUACUGGUGAGGCGGACAAGACGAUCAAGGUCUGGAAGCAGGAUGAAACUGCGACCGAGGAGACUCAUCCUUUGGAUUGGCGACCUACAUUGGGCAGGCAGAAAUUUUAG